UCUCACGAAAGGAAUGGUUGCGUGCUGUUCUGUAGCUUCUUGUAGUCUUUGGGGGUGACGCUCUCCCCUUUGCAGCAUUCGCAUCCGUCGUCUUGACACCGUCUUUCAAUCUAGAUGCGGCUGUUUCGUCACUUCUAUUCAAUCCGAUUUGGAAAAUUUCAUUCAAAUUCGAAUGACCCCCGAUAUUGAAAUUUCGACUUUGCUUUUGUCCCCGAAGGGGUAGGUUCAUUUCAGCUCCGCUCCUGAAAAUUCCAUCACGUUGGGACCGUGCUCGUUCCGACGUUCUGGAAUUGGUCCGUCUCUCUCCUCCGCACCUCGUGCUCGCUUGAUAGCUCCGCCAUCCUUAACUCUCUCUCUCUCAGUUUGCUUGAGCUGAAUGGUGUCUGAGAUAUCCGUUGGAAAGAAAUGAUGUAGAUUGCUGUGGAAUUGUAUGCGAGUCAUCUGUUUAUAUAGCUCUUGGGAUGUGACAUGUUCAGUUAAAAGUGCUUGCCUCGACCAAAAGGCGCUCAGUGUGCGUAGACCUGGUAUGAUCCAAUUUCGCCUAGACUCUAUAGCCAGCGCCACUCAUAUGAGCAAUGAGACGGCGACAAAUCCAAUUCAAAGAUAAGUCUGAGUCACAUUUAUUUGGUGUCGUUUGAUCGCGGAGAAGAAAGAUCACCACAUAGAAAAGAAAGGAGAAAUUGUUUUGAUUCUGUUUGCUUUGCCCAGGAGGGAUGCGGGGAAAUUUUGGAAUCAUUUUUGGGAACGCGUGAAAGCGAAUCCAUCCUUUUGCAGGCUAAGAAUUGGAAGGACAUUUUGGAAGACAAUGAGUUUGGUUUGGUCAGAAAAGAGGCGAUGUGUUAGCUUGUGCUCUAGAUUGGUACUUGAGUUUUCUUUGAAGCUGGUCAAUGGCUGAACUUUGUCUGAAUAAAAUUUGAGGCUAUUGAGAUUUAUUUUUCUGGUCAGGCUUCUGAGAACAAACCUUCUGUAAUUGUUUUCUUUUUUAAAUUGGAGUGGGUAAUUGGGACACUUUGGACCAUAAUAACUGGCCCUUCUAUUUUGCUCCUGACACCAAGACUAGAUAUCAUUUGAGGUAGAAUGGUAGUCAGAUAAUUCUUUACUUUGAUGCUAGUUGUCGGUUGGUAAUCCACAUUUCUAACCCUUAUCUUUACUCUACAUAGUAGGGCUACCUGUUUGGUUGUGCGCACGCUACUGUUCUUAAUUUGUGCGUUUUAUUCUCAAGCCUCCACUUUGUUAUAUGCUAAUGGCUAGGCUCAUUUUAUGACCAAAUCCCCACAAUAUAUGGUUUGUUUGCCUAUUGUUGUAUUUUGGCAAGUUAUCCUCUUGCUUGUUGCUUAAUUUCAGCUCUGGAGCUAAUCAAUGGCGGACAGGAAGGAGCGCCUCCUCCCACCAAAACCAGCAUCUGCUAUAAACCUUAGAGAGUCAUCUUAUGGACCCUCUGCAUCUGGACGCCAACCUUUCCAAGGUGUGGAUGUUCUAGGGCUAAAAAAGCGGGGCCAAGGCCUUCGCUCUUGGAUUCGCGUCGACACUUCUGGUAACUCAGAGGUCAUUGAGGUGGACAAGUUCACGAUGAUGAGUCGGUGUGAUCUUCCUGCCCGUGAUUUACGCUUGCUCGAUCCAUUGUUUGUUUACCCGUCCACCAUUCUUGGUCGAGAGAAGGCAAUUGUGGUUAACUUGGAGCAGAUUCGGUGUAUCAUCACAGCAGAUGAGGUUCUGCUAUUGAAUUCCCUUGAUAGCUCUGUUUUACAUUAUGUUGUGGAGCUACAACGCAGGUUGACCAGAGCUGGGGUGGGUGGACUCUGGAAGUCUGAAUGUGCUGACUUGAGCCGGGGAAGAGGAAGUAGAAACUUUGAUGAUAUUUUUGGGAAUACAUCCCCAGAUUAUCUUCCCUUUGAAUUUAGUGCACUUGAAGUAGCACUUGAAGCUGCCUGUACUUUUCUAGAUUCUCAGGUUAGAGAUGAGAUAGAGCAGCUGAUGGAUGAUGAUGGAGACAUGGCAGAGAUGUACCUCACUGAAAAGAAACGAAGGAUGGAGUCAACAUUAUAUGGUGAUCAGUCUUUGUCGGGGUACAGAUCAGCUGAUGGUGUUUUAUCUGUCUCUGCACCAGUUUCUCCCAUUGCUUCCUCUCCAGAUGGGCGGAAGCUGGACAAGAGCUUGAGUAUUGCGAGGAGCCGGCACGAGAGCAUGAGGAGUUCAGAAAGUGGCACGGAGAGCAUAGAAGAACUUGAGAUGUUGCUGGAAGCAUACUUUGUUGUGAUCGAUAGCACAUUAAACAAGUUGACCUCGCUGAAGGAGUACAUUGAUGACACAGAAGAUUUCAUCAAUAUUCAGCUGGACAAUGUCCGGAACCAGCUCAUCCAAUUCGAGCUGCUGCUGACAACCGCGACUUUUGUAGUCGCCAUCUUUGGUGUGGUGGCGGGGAUCUUCGGCAUGAACUUUGAGAUACCAUUUUUCGACAAUGCGGGGGCCUUCAAGUGGGUCCUCAUAGUUACAGGAGUGACUGGGAUCACCAUAUUCCUAACAUUUUGUUGGUUCUUCAAGUAUAGAAGACUAAUGUCGCUAUAGACAGAUAUGAAAGGAUUGGAAGGAAUUGUAUAAUCAUUCAUCAGCAUCAUUCUUUUGGUUAGUCAAUGUAAUUGGAAAUGUGCUUCAUUCUUGUGGCGAUUCUUUGGAUAUGUUACUUAAUUUUUCUC